AUGACAUUAUUAAUAUCAAAGCCUGUGAGGGAGCAGGCGAGGACUAAGAGAGCUAGCGUCCGCGGGCUUGAGGAUCAGCGACGGCCUCAUCAAGAAUCCAAAACCACCGAUGCGCUUCGCCCCUCCGAUCUGCUGAUAUUCAUCGACUUUCAACAGCCCCAGCAAUUAGGCCAGGCGCACGCGCUCACUGGAACCAAGUUGUAG